AUGCCUCCUCGCCCUCGCCCUUCCGCUCGACUCUCGAGCGAAGCACCCUCCGAAACCUCGUCUUCGACGUCACCGGAACGCGCUGCGGACGAUGAUACCGAUUUCUUCAUGGCUCAAGCCAACGACUCGCAGUCGUCGAUUGGCGUCGCUACUUUCCGCGACCUCCACGUGCACGCGAGUCGAUCUGCCCCAGUACCACCGAUCGGCCGCCUCCCUCCCGAGAUCUUGAUUGCCAUCUUCUCCAAACUCGCGUCGCCCAUGGACAUGCUGAACUGCAUGUUGGUGUGUCGAAACUGGGCUGCAAAUAGCGUUGGAAUUCUAUGGCAUCGCCCGUCGUGCAACAACUGGGACAACCUGAAGAGCGUUGCGUCAUCUGUGGGGAAGCCCGAUAGCCUCUUCGCCUACGCGGAUCUCAUUAAGCGGCUCAACCUGUCCGCUCUGACCGAGGAUGUCAGUGAUGGCACGGUCGUCCCUUUCACACAAUGCAAGCGCGUGGAGCGGUUGACAUUGACAAACUGCUCGAAACUGACGGAUAAAGGCGUGUCCGAUCUGGUGGAGGGCAACCGACAUCUACAAGCGCUGGAUGUUUCCGACCUCCGAUCCUUGACCGAUCACACGCUUUUCGCGGUAGCGAGGAAUUGCCCGCGCCUGCAAGGCUUGAAUAUCACAGGAUGCUCCAAGGUCACAGAUGACUCGCUGCUGGUCGUGUCGCAGAAUUGUCGUCAAAUCAAAAGACUAAAACUGAAUGGCGUGUCCAACGUGACCGACCGGUCAAUUGUGUCAUUUGCAGAAAAUUGUCCGGCAAUCCUGGAGAUUGACUUGCAUGACUGCAAGUUGGUGACCAGCCCGUCAGUCACGGCCUUGCUCACCACCCUACGUCACCUGCGAGAGCUGCGGCUUGCACACUGCUCGGAGAUCAAUGACUCGGCAUUCCUGAAUCUGCCCGAGCGAAUGACAUUCGACAGCUUGCGCAUUCUCGAUUUGACGGCAUGCGAAAAUGUCAAAGACGACGCUGUGGAGCGAAUCGUGAACGCUGCUCCUCGUCUCCGAAACCUGGUGUUGGCCAAGUGCCGCUUCAUCACAGAUCGCUCGGUGUCUGCCAUUUGCAAGCUGGGGAAAAACCUCCACUACGUUCAUCUGGGCCAUUGCUCAAACAUUACUGACGGCGCGGUCAUUCAGCUGAUCAAGUCUUGUAAUCGCAUUCGCUACAUCGACCUGGCUUGCUGCAACCGCUUGACCGAUCUCAGUGUGCAGCAACUGGCUACUUUGCCGAAACUCCGCCGUAUCGGUCUGGUCAAAUGCCAGGCUAUCACAAACCAAAGCAUCCUGGCUCUGGCCCACCCUCCCAGAGCCAAUCACCCGAUGGUCAGCAACCUAGAGCGGGUCCAUCUCAGUUACUGUGUCGGCCUGGACAUGAAGGGAAUCCGUCCUCUGAUCAAUAACUGCCCACGCCUCACGCACUUGAGCUUGACUGGUGUGCAAGCAUUCCUUCAAGAGGACCUCACGGCUUUCUGUCGUGAAGCCCCACCAGAGUUCACUCAACAACAAAGAGAUGUGUUUUGUGUGUUCAGCGGCGAAGGCGUGACUCGGCUUCGCGAGUACCUCAAUCGAGAACUGACGUCUCAUCCCGAAGAAACCGAAGCCACCAUGUACGACGAUGAUGACGAACUGGACGAAGACGAGGGCCAGAUGACCGGUCUGAUGCACGCCACCGGCAUCAACGACGAAGAAUACAUGGACGUCCCUGAUGUCCCUCCUCAAUGA